GACGAACCGGUUCUACCGAAUAGGUGCGAACUGGUAGGAACCCACCUCUGAUUUUGAACAACUAAUAAGACAUAAAAUUACAAUAAGACCCUUACUUUAACUUAAAGUUCAGAUAGAUUGCUGUCAAAUUUCUAGUUUUUUUUUUCCUGGCUAGGUAAUUGGAUGCACUGGAAUACUCGUGUUGAAGAAUAUGUGUAUCCUACUAACAGUACUCCAGAAUAUGGAUCUAUUUUGGUUCCAAAUGUUGACAACGUGAGAACUGAUUUCCUUAUUCAUACAAUUGCAAAACAAGGCAAGGCUGUUCUGCUAAUUGGUGAACAAGGGACUGCUAAGACUGUCAUCAUCAAAGGAUACAUGUCAAAAUAUAAUCCUGAAAAUCACAUGACUAAGAGCCUUAACUUUUCAUCAGCAACCACUCCUUUCAUGUUUCAGCGCACAAUAGAAAGCUAUGUGGACAAGCGCAUGGGCACAACGUACGGUCCUCCAGCAGGAAAGAAAAUGACGGUUUUCAUAGAUGAUGUGAAUAUGCCUGUAAUCAAUGAAUGGGGAGAUCAGGUCACUAAUGAGAUCGUUAGGCAACUGACGGAGCAAAAUGGGUUUUAUAAUUUGGAGAAGCCUGGAGAGUUCACCAACAUUGUCGACAUCCAGUUUUUGGCUGCCAUGAUACACCCUGGUGGGGGACGAAAUGACAUCCCUCAGAGACUGAAGAGGCAGUUUUCUGUGUUUAAUUGUACCUUGCCUUCUAACCCAUCCAUUGACAAGAUUUUUGGUGUGAUUGGCACAGGGCAUUAUUGUAGCCAAAGAGGCUUUUUGGAAGACGUGAGAGCAACAGUUGCUAAGUUGGUCCCAUUGACCCGGCGGUUGUGGCAAAUAACCAAGAUCAAAAUGUUGCCAACUCCGGCCAAAUUCCAUUAUGUGUUUAAUCUCCGGGAUCUUUCCAGGAUCUGGCAAGGGAUGCUUAAUACGAUUUCAGAAGUAAUCAAUGAUUCCAAU